CUUGCCCCACAUUGCAUUUUACGAAUAGAUGGUGCUUAAAACUUCAGCCCAAGACCCGCUGCCCGUUGCAGACAUUCGGCACAUUUAGCAGUUGAAAAGAAUUAAAAUUUCGAUGUUUUUGUUUUUUAUAUUACUUCAAGAUCGAUAUAUGUCCAAUUUUGAUAUAUUCUAAAAUCUUGCUCAUGUGAAUUAGUAAUUCAAAAUUUUCAUUAUUCAAAAUAACCAAUAAACUUCCUGAAACUAAAUCAGAUUGUCACUUUCAUAGAUUUGUUGAAUGAGCAAUAUGUCCUCUAUAGACACAUUGACAGUGCAGUAAUGUUAAAAACUGUGCAGGAAUUGUUGUGUCUUCUCUUAAGUGUAUUGUAUGUUAUUAUUGUCAUCAGUUUCCUUUGUUCCAUAAUUGUAGUGUUGAAAUUGUACAAUGAUGUUAACGUCAAACUUGACGUUUAAUUCUUGGCCUUGGCUGUAAACCAUAAACGUUAUCUAAAAAUGGACGGAGAAGAUAUUCAAAUCUUAAUUGAAUCCAAUAAAACUACACAAAUUGAGGAUUUAAAGAAAAAAUUUUAUGAACAAUUUAAUUCAACAAAAGACCCAUGGCUGUUGAAUGGUAUUUUCGAUUGUUAUUUACAAACAAGCAGUAUGAGACUGGUUGAAAUUUUAGUUGGUGUCAGGGAGCCUCAUGACAUGCAUCUUUUUAAUAAAUUAUCAGAAACACUAAGAGGUCAAUCAAAGCUACAGGCACUCACAUUAUUGGGACAUGUUGUGCGAAGAAGACCUACAUGGCUCAUUAAAAUUGUUAAACAUCAAGUGUUAAAUGAUCUUCUUCGAAUACUGAAAAUGGAGACAGAUAUUAUUCUGGUGAUGAGUGCGCUUUUAAUCAUCAUUAUUUUGUUACCAAUGUUACCAUCUUUGAUGGCUCAGCAUCUUAAUGAAAUAUUUGAUGUGUUCAGUCGACUUGCUGCCUGGAACACAAAUAACCCCAACAAAGUACCAGAGUACAACCUUAUACACCUUCAAGUUGGGCUUUGUGAAUUAUUCAAUCGCCUAUAUGGCAUGUAUCCUUGCAAUUUUCUAUUUUACCUACGAAAGCAAUAUACACAGCAGGAUAAUCUGGAUGUGUUCAGUCAUACUAUUAAGCCUAUGGUCUACUCAGUACGAAUGCAUCCGCAACUGGUGACAACAUCUAAAGAUGCAGAGACAGCUCCAAGCAGGUGGGUGAAGAUGGAAGAUCAUGACGUCAUAGUUGAGUGUGCAAAAUAUGUUUUGGACACGUCAAGGGAUGACUUUGGGACAGUCUCCAACUCAAUUAUGCAUCGGUCCCAUUCAACAAUGGAACUUGCCAUAGCACUGGAAGAUACACAGCAAUCUUAUGGAAAAACUAUGGCAUCUGAUCUAGUACUAACAUAUAAUGAAGAGUGGAGCCCAAGUUCUCGUUGUGGACUAAAUACUCCACCCCCACCUGAGUCAACACCAACCUCAAUUCCACACACACCCAUCCAACAGAACUAUGUGGCAAGUACCUCAUUUCCUCAUCAAGAGGGCACAUCGCCACCUGAGGCAGCUAUUGAAGCUACACCAGAGACAACUCCCAUAAAGGAUUUGCGGGUUUUACCGCGACAACCAUUGGCUCCCUCUACUGUAGUGCGAGCCCUAAACCACUCCCUCAGCUCAGGUGGAAGUGCUCUCCCUCAAAAAUGGCCCGGAGGUUUGACGGUGAGCACAUCCUACUCACAACCAUCAUCGCCAAUGAAAAAAGAACCAUCGCCAUUCCGUUAUUCCGGAAUUAAUCAACAAAUGACUGCCACACCACCUCCAACAUUCCCAUCAGAUGUUCCAACAGUGUCAGCUUUCCAACAACCACGUCGUGACUCUCUUCCUCUUGGAGGCCAUUCAAUCAUAGAUCAACCAUGGGAAUCCACUUCUAUGGCUAGAAGAGUUGCCAACCUAGUUCAGGAACGCAAGCAAAUAUCAUCAUCAGAAGGCUUUGUUGAAAAGCAGUUUAACCCUUCUACUGGUGCCAAGUCUCGAAGUACUGCUCUAUCAAGUAUCUCCUCAAAUUCUGUUUUGUCAUCAAGAAUACCUUCCAGUCCACUUAGAGUUAUUGGCUCUUCAGGAGUUCCACCAGAGAGCCCAGUUCCAAUUGAACCUACAGCACCAUUACCUGGAUCAAGGGAUUGGCCUAUCACAAGGCCAACUCCUGAAAAGAAUGGUGUGCAUUUAGCAGAAGGGCACACCUCCAGUGUAUCUUCAACAUCUCUGUAUCAUCCAAAUGACUCCACCCAGGAGGAUCAAGAAAUUGUUGAAAUUGUCAAACAAGGAGAACAGUUUAGGAACGACACUCGAUCUAUGAAUGCGCAAACUCCUCUGGCAGUAAGUCGACAUUGUGACUCAGUUUUGCAAGAAUUUCCUGUCACCCACAAUCAUGAUCAGGAUUGUGAAAUGGAAGGGGAUGAAUGUCUUCAAGAACAAUCUGGGUCCCCGUGUGCUUCUGGUGGCCUACAUAUGCCUAAUUCGGUUAUGAAUUUCACUAGAAGAGCUCGCAUGAGAUAUUUCAGCCAUUGCGUACCUCCUGUCCAAUAUCCAAUCUCAUCUGACUCUAAUAUUGGCAGUACUGGCAGUAGUCCAGGAAAUGGAACAUCAUUUCCCAGUGGUAAAGUUCGUCGGACAAAUUCCUGUCCAGAAAUGGAAAAGUCUCAAGCAAGUGAUUUAAAAGUUGACUGCACAGUGGAGGAAGAAUUUGAAGAUUGUCUUCAGAAUGAGGAUGCAACUACGCCUCAAAAUUCGAUUGGUGAGGAAGCUUUGGUCAAUGGUUGCACUCACUUGCACCUGAAACCAGAAAUGGUAACAGAAGGCACUCAGACUGUAGAAUGCGCUCCCUAUGAAUACCUGUUCAUGUCAGUGUUUCCAUCUAUGGAACCUCAAUCCAGUCAGGCACCAAGCCCAGCACCAUUUUCAGCUUUUAAUGAGCAGAACAUGUUUCAAUCUAAGCUUGAAAAUGUUAGUCCUCAAACACAGUUGGACCAGUUUCUGUGGAAUAUCUUAGAAAUACGCUCAAAAAGUUCGAAUUCUGAGGCUGAAAACAGGGAAAGCAAAUUUAGAGAACAAAUUAUGCUGCUAAAUAUUCAGCUCCAAUUUGAGCGCCAGCGCCGAGAGGUGCACGCCGAAAGAAAUCGGCGUUUGUUGGGAAGAUCUCGGAACAACCGUGCUUUGGAAGAAGUUAAAACUGCACUCAAAGAGCAACUUAGUCUUCUGCAGCAUGAAUUAGAAUCAGUUAGCAAGGAGGUAACAAGACAAAGGGAAGAAUCAAAUAGAAUAAUACAAGAGGAGCAAGCAUCUGUUAAAUAUUGGGAAGAACAGUGUGUACAAGCACAAAACAGUUCCCGUGAGUGGAAAUCAAAAUUCGAGGAUAUGGAACAAAAAUUUCUCCAGGAACAAAAAUCUACUGCAGCUGUACAAAAGGAAUAUCAAAAUGCACAAAGCAAGCUUCUUGAUAUAAGUAAUGAGAAAAGGCAAGCUGAAAUGAAUGCUGCUGCUGCAGAAAAACUUCAGUCAGAAGUACAGCAACUGCAGAAAGAGUUAUUGCUUGCUGGAGAACAACAUCAACGCCUGAAUGAGAAAAUUAAUUACAUGUCUCUAAAUCACAAACGACCAGAAGAAUUUACAAGUAUCAAGGAGGCUUAUCAUGAUGAACUUAAUAAUCUUCGUCAAAUUUUAGACUCUAAAAGUUCUUUGUUGGAAGCCACAAAAGCACGUGUUGCCGAGCUUGAGUCUAGUGCUACAAAUAAUGCUCAUCACAUGAAUGAGAAAAAAAGACAGCUUAAAGUUGUUAAGGAUGAAUAUAAUGAUCAGUUACAGGCAGUUGAAAGUAAAUACCAGGCUCAAAAAAAGAUCAAUCAAAGGCUUCAAGAAAACAACUUGGAGUUAUUAAAAGUAAUUGCUGAGUUAAAGAGUAAGCGAAAACGGGAAGGAAGAGAGCCUACAGCGUCUCAGCCAGCUGCAGCAAGCUCCUCUUCACACCUCACUCACCCCAAAAGCCCAGAUAGUGUGUGUAGUGAUGACAGGCUGCCACACUCAAGUUCACCUUUAUCUGAAUCCUUAAGCUCAUCAGAAGGAAUGUCAUUGCCAGGAAUUUUAGCUAGAGAUGUUUCAACCAUCCAAAAUUUACAAGUAAUAGUUGACCAACCAGAACAGCUUGCAGAAGCAGUACCAACACCGUCCCAACCGUUAACUCCCACAAAAACAAAAUCAUCAGCCUCCUCUGCGGUUGUUAGCAGCAAUGUUAGUGAUGAGGGAUAAUAUUUUGUCUUAUGUACCUAUAAAAAGUUUAAUAUACUGUUAAAGAUAUUAGUUUUUUAAGUUGGGUUCUUUUCUGUCAUAUAGUUGAUAAAAUUUGUGUUUUGUGAUUGUGGUGUACUAUUAUUUUAUAUAUUGCCCCUACAGCAUUGUAUUUGUUAAAUACAUAAGUGAAACAAAUCUAUACUUAAUAUUCUUAAUGUCUUAUGUGAUUGCAAAAAACCAUGAUCAAAAAGUUGUUUUCUUUUGAAAAGGAAAUAGAGGACCCCAUUCAAUUUCUUUUUUCUUCAGAAUUCUCUCAUUGUAUAUACCACUUCUUUCUUAAAUGAAAAUAUAAUUUGUUGGUAACUUUUGAAAGCUUUUAAUUUGACGAUGGUUUCUAGUCUCAACAUUGUGAAUAAACUCAGUACAUGGUCAGUGCAUUUUGUUAUCUAACUUUAGAGAUUUUGUGUCCUUGAAUAUCAUGGAUCAAAUUUUGAAUUAUGAUUGUUUAUGUUGCUGUUGGUCAAUUUUGUUUUUGAAAAGUACCUUGGUGGUUUUGUUGUGUACCCUCUUUAUACAGUAACAUUUUUGAAUUGUGCCAGUGCUACUGAUUUUUAAGGAAAGAUUACGGUAAUGUUUUGAUCCCUCUUUUCCAAGGAUCUCUGUGAGUUAGAUAAUCAUGAUAUGAAGGAAUUAAACUAAUUUUACUUGGAAUGAUUGUUUUGUUUUCUAAAUUUUUUAUUUUCCUAACUUUAUGGAAAGGGUAUCUGUUUUUUCUAGAUUUCGUACAUAUUGAUGUAACUGGACUAUGCUUUCAGCAAAUCCCUUGUUACAUGUUACUCUUCAAUCAGCUCUCUAUAUUUGCCAACAGUUUUGAGUGCUGGCCCGCAUUGCAAACAGAAGAGUAGAGCAGAUUUAAAUGGUGACAAAUUUUUGAAAAUAAAAUCACUUUGAAACAUCUUA